AUGUCUUAUACUUCCACAAAAUUAAAUUUUGUUAAUAGAAUUGCAGCUUCAUUAAGAGCUGAAACUAAAGGUAUUGAAAGAGUGGAGGAAGAUGAAAGAAAUAUGAAUGAAGGUGUUUUAAAUUCAGCAAGUAUGUGGUUUAGUGCAAAUAUGGUUAUUGCUGCUAUGGCUUUAGGUAUGCUUGGUGGUUCAAUUUUUGGGUUAUCAUUUUGGGAAGCUGUUUUGACAAUUAUUUUUUUCAAUUUAUUAGGUUUAUUACCUGUUGCGUUUUUUUCCACUUUUGGUCCAGAAUUUGGUUUAAGACAAAUGGUGUUGUCAAGAUUUUUAGUUGGUGAUAUUGGUGUUAGAAUUUUCUCUUUCAUUACUGCUGUCGCUUGUGUUGGUUGGGGUGCUGUUAAUAUCAUGGUUUCUGCUCAAUUAUUAAACAUGAUUAAUCAUCCUCAUCAAUUACCUCCAUGGGCUGGUUGUUUAAUCUUGGUUAUAAUGACAAUUGUUGUUUCAAUGUUUGGUUAUAAUGUUAUCCAUUUCUAUGAAAAAUGGUCAUGGGUUCCAAAUGUUAUGGUUUUCUUUGUUUUCAUUGCAAGAAUUAAAAUUUCUGGAAAUUUUGAUGCUGGUGAAUUUGGUUCAGGUGAAGCUACAGCUGCUGGUGUCUUAUCAUUUGGUGGUGCUAUUUUCGGGUUUGCCACUGGUUGGACAACUUAUGCUGCUGAUUAUACCGUUUUCAUUAGAAAAGAAUAUCCAAAAUGGAAAAUCUUUUGGGGGUUAUGUCUUGGUUUAGCUGUCCCAUUAAUCUUUACUAUGAUUAUCGGUGCUGCUGCAAUUACUGGUAUUAAUAAAGAUCCAGUUUGGUUAGAAUAUUAUACAAAACAUCAAAAUGGUGGAUUAAUGUUUGCUAUCUUGUCUGUUAAUUCAUUAGGUGGAUUUGGUCAAUUCUGUUCAGUUUUAUUAGCUUUAUCCACUGUUGCCAACAAUAUUCCAAAUAUGUAUACAAUUGCCUUGUGUACUCAAGCUUUCUGGUCACCAUUAGCUAAAGUUCCAAGAAUUGUUUGGUCAUUAAUUGGUAAUUUCUUAGUUUUAGCUAUUUGUAUUCCAGGGUUUUACCAUUUUGAAAGUGUUAUGGAUAAUUUCAUGAAUAUGAUUGGUUAUGAUGUUGAAGGAUGGAAUGAUAAAAAAAGAUAUCCAAUUGGUAUUGCAGCUUUAGUUGGUUUCUUAUGUGGUGUUGUUGCAACUUAUUGUGGUAUUGAUCAGAAUUGGGGGUUGGGUCCAAUUGCUAAGUUGAUUAAUGCUGGAAGUGCUCAUCCAGGUGCUGAUAUUGGGUUUGAAUUGGCUUUUGCCUUUUCAUUUGUUGGUUUCAACAUUGUCCGUCCAUUUGAAUUGAAAUAUAUCGGUCGUUAG